UUCGUCCUGUGUUUUUCUCAUUCAACCCCCUCUAUUUCAUUUUUAUCUCAAUUACUCCCUUGAUUUUUUUUUCGGGAAAUAGCCCUCGUUGCUGAAUUUUCAUUACGGACAAGUCCCUUCUCUUCCGUUCCGGUCCCUUGUUGGUAUGAAUGCUUCGACUUCAAUGGCGAUCGCUGCCGUGAGACCAAGCUCGCUUCUCCUCCUCGCUUGCGCUCGAACUCCACGUUUCUUCCCAAAAUACCCAUCUUUCUUCCCGAAAUGCCCCCACCAUCCACUCCCCGAAAUGCCCCCGACGCCCCAUCUCCGCCAUCGCUGGAGCUCGGCCCUUCUCCACGGCGUCCGAGCACGUUUCCGGCUCCAACCCCUCCCUCCGUGACCUCUACAUCCAUGGCCUUCCUGUUGAACCUCUCGAGUUUCCACCCCGUCAAAGAGGAGACACAAGAGCUUGAGAGCACCCCCGAUUUGGGAGUCAAUGAGAGAGAGGAGACCGAGACGGAGAGGGAUGCGUGGGCACUGCUGAGGAAGACGGUAGUCAGCUAUUGCGGUGCCCUGGUGGGUACCGUGGCGGCCGCCGAUGAUGGUAUCGAAGCGCUGAACUACGACCAGGUGUUCAUCAGGGACUUCGUGCCAUCGGCGCUGGCGUUUCUGAUGCGUGGGGAGAGCGAGAUCGUGAAGAAUUUUCUCCUCCAUACCUUGCAGCUCCAGAGUUGGGAAAAGACCGUUGAUUGUUAUAGCCCAGGACAAGGGUUAAUGCCAGCUAGUUUUAAGGUUAGAACUGUGCCAUUGGAUGAAAACAAUGAAGCAUUUGAAGAGACUCUAGACCCUGAUUUUGGCGAAUCGGCCAUUGGACGUGUAGCUCCGGUUGAUUCUGGAUUAUGGUGGAUUAUUUUGCUGAGAGCAUAUGGGAAGAUAACAGGGGAUUACGCAUUACAAGAGAGAGUGGAUGUGCAGACAGGCAUUAAACUGAUCUUGAAUUUAUGCCUUUCAGAUGGUUUUGACAUGUUUCCUACACUUCUGGUCACUGAUGGGUCUUGCAUGAUAGAUCGACGCAUGGGUAUCCAUGGACAUCCUCUUGAGAUUCAAGCUUUAUUCUAUUCAGCUUUGCGGUGUUCUCGGGAAAUGAUCACAGUGAAUGAUGGAUCAAAGAACCUGGUGCGUGCUAUCAACAACAGGCUUAGUGCUCUGUCAUUCCAUAUCAGAGAGUACUACUGGGUUGAUAUGAAGAAGAUCAAUGAGAUAUAUCGCUACAAAACUGAAGAGUAUUCUCAUGAUGCCAUCAACAAGUUCAACAUCUAUCCGGAGCAAAUUCCUUCCUGGUUGGUUGAUUGGAUUCCUGAAAAAGGCGGCUACUUGAUCGGAAACCUGCAACCAGCUCAUAUGGAUUUCAGGUUCUUCUCACUUGGCAACCUUUGGGCCAUAGUUUCAUCUCUAACAACUCCAAGACAAGCCGAGGGAAUUCUAAACCUUAUUGAGGAGAAAUGGGAUGAUCUCAUCGCGAACAUGCCUCUUAAGAUAUGUUAUCCUGCUUUGGAAUACGAGGAAUGGCGCAUAAUCACUGGUUGUGAUCCAAAGAACACACCGUGGUCGUAUCACAAUGGUGGUUCUUGGCCCACACUAUUAUGGCAGUUCACUCUAGCUUGCAUCAAAAUGGGAAGGCCGGAGUUAGCUAGGAAGGCUGUUGCAGUCGCUGAGAAGAGGCUUGCCGAGGACAAGUGGCCAGAGUAUUAUGAUACAAAAACUGGAAGAUUUAUCGGCAAGCAAGCACGUCUUUACCAGACGUGGACAAUUGCUGGCUUUUUAACCUCCAAAAUGCUCUUGGAAAAUCCUGAGCUCGCUUCCAUGUUGACAUGUGAGGAAGAUCUUGAGCUUCUAGAGGGCUGCGCCUGCAGUCUGAGCAAGAGUGCUCGUACCAAGUGUUCCCGAUCCGCCGCAAAAUCUCAGGUCCUCGUCUAAUUCAGUGGUGCCUUCUUAGUCUUACUGGUGGUAUAGAGGAACAAUAAACAUGAGAAUGUGUUCCAUUUCGCAUUAUAUAAGAAAUGGAACCACUCUAGUACUUACUAUAGGCGUCGAUCAUCACUGCAAUUGAAACUGAUGAUCAAGUUUAUUCUUACAAAUUCAUCUCACAAUGACCGCAGCUCAUUGUUUUUAGAUGGAGCUCAUCAUUGUGACAAAUUGUAUUGUAGUGAAUCCAUUCACUCAAAACCAGCAUGACUACUGAUUCAUAUCAGUGUAAAGUGUGCAAGUACAACUUAAUUCCAUUAUAUAUAAACAUAUAAAUGUGUUGUUUCAUGUUACUGUUU